AUGUCGCUUCUCGGACUAGAGGAACUAAAAGAUUACGUAAAGGUGUUGAAGCAAUUAUUUGCAGAAUUCUUAGGAACAUUUUUGUACUUAUCAAUCACACUUCUAGCUGGAUUGACUUCUAACAACAGUGUAUCUUGGCAUAGCCUGGUAGUGGUUACAGCGUUGUCUAAUGGAUUUUUAGUGGCAUCUAUUAUCCAAGUAACAGGUCAUAUAUCUGGAGGACAUAUAAACCCAGCAGUUACUGUCGGAGUUCUGGCAUGUGGACGCAUGAAGAUAGCCAAGGGAAUUCUGUAUAUAUCAGCGCAAAUUCUGGGCAGUCUAUUUGGCGCAUUUGUGGCGUAUGGUAUUUCCGAGAUUUCUACAAGAGGCAAUCUUGGAGCAACUAUUCCGUACAAUGGAUUAAGAGUAGACCAAGUCUUCGGUUUGGAGUUUCUUAUGACUUUUAUUUUAGUUUCCGUAGUUUUGAGCGUGAUUGAUACUAAUAAACCAGUCACCGGCUUGGGCUCUGGAGCUCUCGCUAUAGGAAUAAGUAUUGUAGCCUGUCAAAGUUCUGCAUUAUUUUAUAGUGCAUCACUGAACCCAGUGAGAUCUUUGGGACCAGCUGUGAUGAUGAAUAUUUGGUCGCAUCACUGGGUUUUCUGGAUAGGACCACUGUUAGGUGGUCUAUGUGCUGGACUAGUAUAUAGAUUUAUGUUGGUUUAUAACUCUGAUAUGUAA